UCGAGACUAUGUCAUUCUUCGUGGACAUUGUCACCGAAGAUUCGUUCUACGAGAAUCUGACUCUCGGUGUGGUCAAGGUUCUCGAAAACUCCCCGUGCGUGAGAAACGUGCGAAUCGAGAGACGAAACGGCUGCGAAUCUGGGACCAUCAACAGCUGGGAGCAACGCCAUUGCUGCGCGCUCCCUGAAGACGUUCGGAAUUUCUAUACUUCCAUCGAUGGCUUUUUGCUGCAGUGGAAUCUCGAGAUAGCAGGUGAGGAAUUCCCGAUAGGUCGCAUGGAGAUCGGCAGUUUAUCGUCACUGAAGAGAUACGUCGGCAAGAAUCAGCAAACGGGAUCAAGCUCGGCGCAAGACUCAUCGGGGAUGCCAACAGGGAACGAGUCGCAGGAGGACGUCAUGUUCACCGGUGAUUCGCGCGAUUGCAAGCUCUUCGAAAUCGGACAAUGCUUUCCGGGACCCGAAAAUGGCAAGAUCUAUUUGGCGUAUCGUUCCAAGCAAGAGCAAGACUCGCCGAGUAUCUGGCUCCAUCACGACAGUAACUGGUACCAUCUAGCCGACAAUUUCACCGCGUAUUUUCGCAUGAUGUUGACCCAUUUGGGUCUGCCCUUGUGGCAGUGUUGCGCGGCUGGACUGCCUUUGUAUACCUGGGUGCAACAAGCAUACUUUUUGGUUGGACCCCAUUUGCUGCCGUCCAUUGUCGAGCCCACCGAGACCGUAUCUGCUUCGUUGUGGAACAACGGGCCCAUCAACGUCCUCGAUCCGACCAUCUUCAAGGCCAAAGACGGCAAGCAGAGAAACGCUCGCAAGAAAUAA